AUGAAGCUUACAUCCGCUUUCCUCGUCGCUUCUGCGGCCCUUCCUGCGGCUCUUGCGCAAACAUGGACCGCUUGUAACCCUCUCGAGAAGCAGUGCCCAUGCAACCCAGCCCUUGGAAGUACCUACUCUUUCGACUUCACCAAGGGUGAAGGUUCCGAGCUUUUCCCAGUCGCGGACCACUUCCCUGUCAGAUAUGAGAAAGAUGGUCUCCAUCUUCCUGUCAGGAAGAAGGGUGACGCCCCAACUAUCGCUGGUCUCAAGUACAUCUUCGGUGGUCGUCUCGACUGCGUCUUGAAGAUUGCCCCAGGCAAGGGUAUCGUCAGCUCCCUGGUCUUCCAAUCUGCCGAUUUGGACGAGAUCGACUACGAAUGGAUCGGCAGCAAGCCCCUUGAGGCUCAAUCUAACUACUUCGGCAAGGGUAAUACUAAGACCUACAACCGUGGUGCCAUCCAUCCAGUUACCGAUUCUGCCAAUAUCUUCCACACGUACUCUAUCGAAUGGACAAAGGAAAAGAUCACCUGGUAUAUCAAUAACGAAGUCGUCAGAACCCUGACUCCUGCCAUUUCUGCCGAUCUAUACGCCAGCAACAACUACUACCCACAAACCCCAAUGGAGAUCAAGAUUGGUGCUUGGGCUGCCGGUGACCCAUCUAACGCUGACGGUGUCAUUGAAUGGUCCGACGGUCCAAUUGACUACUCCCAGGCUCCAUUCGACAUGGUUAUCCAAUCUCUCACUGUCACUGAUUACUCCAAGGGUGCUACCGAGUACUGCUAUGGAGACAAGAGCGGUUCCUGGGACUCUAUCCAAAUCUCCACUGAUCCUUCCAAGGGAAAGACCCCAAUUAAGGAGACCACCUCUGCUAAGCCAACCAAGACUGCCGAGCCAGAAGAGAAGACCACCAGCGCUGCUCCAAAGACUACUCUCGCCACCUCCUCCAAGGCUGACAAGGAAACCACCACCAGCGAGAAGGAAGAGAAGGAGACCACCACCUCCAAGCCACCAAAGAACACUUCCACUGGAGAAAUCGCCCCAGCAAUUACUCAGGGUCUCCCAGACUCCAUUGGAGGAAUGGACGGUCCCCAGAACAAGGGUGUUUCUUCCACUGGCACUGUCGAUGCUCAAGCUGCUCAGACUGGUGCCCCAACUGACAACGUCCCAAGCUCUGCCUCGAGCAUUAAGAAUGCUGGCUUGAGCCUCGUUGUCGCUGCCGUCUUCGCUGCACUUGUAUUAUAA